UGGUGGCUGCGACACCCAUGUGUCACUGACCGGGGCCUUCCCUGCGGCGGCGCUUCAUGACCCAGCGGCGCCCGGCCCAGUGAAGCCACGGUGGCGUCCAGCAUGGCAGCGCUGCUGCUGGGCGCGGUGCUGCUGCUGACCCGACUCCAGCUGGUGCCUUCGCGCCCCGCCACGCCCGGGGCCCAGCAGGCCCAGCAGGCCCAGCCGGCGCCCCUGCGGCCGGCCAGUCUGCAGGACGAGGGCCGGGACGGCGCGGCCCCCAAUGGCUCCGCGCAGCAGCUGCCGCAGACCAUCAUCAUCGGCGUGCGCAAGGGCGGCACCCGCGCGCUGCUGGAGAUGCUCAGCCUGCACCCCGACGUGGCGGCCGCCGAAAACGAGGUCCACUUCUUCGACUGGGAGGAGCACUACAGCCAGGGCCUCGGCUGGUACCUCGGCCAGAUGCCCUUCUCCUCCCCGCGCCAGCUCACGGUGGAAAAGACCCCCGCGUACUUCACGUCGCCCAAAGUGCCUGAGCGCGUCCACCGCCUGAACCCCACCAUCAGGCUGCUGCUCAUCUUGCGGGACCCGUCCGAGCGCGUGCUGUCCGACUACACCCAAGUGUUCUACAACCACCUGCAGAAGCGCAAGCCGUACCCGUCCAUAGAGGAGUUCCUGGUGCGCGACGGCCGGCUCAACGUGGACUACAAGGCGCUCAACCGCAGCCUCUACCACGUGCACCUGCAGAACUGGCUGCGCUUCUUCCCGCUGCGCCACAUCCACAUCGUGGACGGCGACCGCCUCAUCAGGGACCCCUUCCCCGAGAUCCAGAAGGUGGAGCGCUUUCUGAAGCUGGCGCCGCAGAUCAACGCCUCCAACUUCUACUUUAACAAAACCAAGGGAUUUUACUGCCUGAGGGACGGCGGCCGGGACCGCUGUUUGCACGAGUCCAAAGGCCGGGCGCACCCCCAGGUGGACCCCAAACUCCUCCACAAACUCCACGAAUAUUUUCACGAGCCAAACAAGAAAUUCUUCGAGCUCGUUGGCAGGACAUUUGACUGGCACUAAUGCGCCCUCAGCUCUAGGCUCGGAGCUUUCCGACUGUAAGUUCUGGUGUACAUCUAGGGGGAAAUAAUUUUAAAAGGGCAUUGAAGCUAUAAUUUAUUUGUAAAAUCCAUAAAUUACUUCUGUACAGUAUUAGAUUCACAAUUGCCAUAUAUACUAGUUAUAUUUUUCUACUUGUUAAAUUGAGGGCAUUUUGUAUUGUUUUUCAUGGUUGUUAACAUUGUGUAAUAUGUCUCUAUAUGAAGGAACUAAACU